CAUUCUCAGUCAUUUCAUUCUUAUUUUGUGUGACUGUUAAUACAUGCAGUAAUAAAACAUGCUUAUAUGAUAUAUUCUAUAGGAGUAUUUUGAGACUCGGGAGGGGAUGCUGGCAUGAAGACUAAUUUUUGCAAUUCAAUAAUCAAAUAAUAAAUAGAUUUUGAAAUGUACCCCCCCCCCCAAAAAAAAGAUACAGCAUAAAUAAGUAACGAUUUGAUUAUUAAAAAUAACAAAUAAGUAAACUGUAUCUGAAAUGAAACACUAAUAAAAGGAAUAUAAAUAUUCUGAUAAAGAAAUAGCCAGCUGACUGAGAUGUAGCCUAUGUUUUGAUUGGAUGACAUUUAUAUUUAGAUGUAAAUACAUGAACAUAUCUUCAAACGUGUCAGAUACUUCACAUAUGCACAGAAAUAUAUCCACAGUUGGAGGAAAGAAGUGGGUUUUUGACCAAAUGGGACUGAAUUCCCGAAUUACGCGUUCUGGGAAUAUGAGGUCUGCUGUUUAUUAGACGCUGCAGUAGCACGUAAUGAAUUGCUGGCAGCCUGAUGAGUUUUGUCCUUUAAGAUGUUUAGCUAUAUGCUUAUUGAAAUGGUCCGAUACGUUUUUGCCACUAAGAACGUAAGUAAAUUGAGAAUUCGUUAAUUGUCAUUUAAAAAUCUGAAUAUUAAAUAAUAAUGUUUUACUGCUCUGGAUAUGUUAGUCAACCAGUUAAGACACACAAAUUGCCCCUCAUAUGCUAGUUGCAAAUCCACAAUAGCUACUAUAUGAGCCAUGCAAAUCAGAAGGAACUUGUCUAGCGCAAACUACGUAACCUACGUUUUCCUAUUUCGAACAAAAGUCUUGUAUAACGCCAAAUAGAAUGCCCCAGUAUAGGGAGUACACAACCUGGACAUUUUUAAAGAGGAUUGUUGGAGUGAUGUAGGCUAUGAUAAUUAAUUUCCUUCAGUACCGUGGAGAGCAGACAUGGACGUGCUCGAGGGCACAGCCAUCACAGACCACACUGGGAAGGGACCAAAAUCAGGGCGGAACGGGUGGUAUGUGUGUAGGAGGAGAGUGACGUGAUUGUUUUACUCUCAAAUUCACACCCAGACGUAGGCUAAUGAAACAACAUAUUUGACAAAAUAUCCUCUGAUGUGAAUGUUAUUUCGCUUUGAAUGGAAAGUUGUCCAUUCGGUCCAGGGAAGCGCUUUCACGGGAACCACGUUCUUGGGCAGCCUAGCGACGAGUUCAGUGCGUGUUCAUGAAAAAUACCUCAUUUAGGUUACUCAUUAUUACUGUCUGACAUCAGGAAUUACAAAAAAAGAUCUUAAUGGCAGAAAACAAUUUCCCUCCUCUUCCUCGUUUCAUUCCACUGAAACCAUGCUUUUAUCAGGAUUUCAAUGAGAUCCCAGACCAACGGCGCACCAUGUGCAAGCGCUUAUACUAUCUCUGGAUCUUGAAUAGUGCCACACUUGCAGUAAACCUGAUUGGUUGUCUCGCAUGGAUGUGUGGAGGUGGUGGGGCGACUAAUUUUGGAAUGGCUAUACUGUGGCUGAUUUUGUUCACUCCUUGUUCCUAUGUGUGCUGGUUCCGGCCCAUCUACAAAGCCUUUAAGACUGACAGCUCUUUCAACUUCAUGGCAUUUUUCUUCGUAUUCAUGGCUCAGGUUGUGAUCAGUAUUAUCCAGACUGUGGGUAUUCCAGGCUGGGGAGUGUGUGGUUGGCUGGCCACCAUUACAUUUUUCAGCACUAAUAUUGGGUCAGCUGUGGUUAUGCUGAUUCCCACCAUCAUGUUUACGGCUGUGGCUGUGCUGUCUUUCAUUGCCCUCACCAAGGUCCAUAACUUCUACCGUGGCAGUGGAGGGAGCAUGAGCAAAGCCCAGGAGGAAUGGGCAACAGGUGCAUGGAAGAACCCCCACGUCCAACAGGCAGCACAGCAAGCAGCUAUGGGGGCAGCCCAGGGGGCCAUGCAAGGCCAACAAUACUCUGAUGCCCCCACCUAUAACUACAAUGACCCUAUGUAAAAGGGUUUUAGUAAGAAACAGGCAGUAAGGAGUGCAACAGGGUACUAGGGAGGGAGGACGAAACAAGGUGACCAACCAUAGUGGGAAGACUGCAAAUAACUGACCAAUCUUUUUUAAAACAGGUUUUCUCCAGUACAAUAAUGCAUAGGCCUUUGCUUUCGCUGUUUAAAAAGUAUUGUUUUUGGUCUGUUGACCCUGUCAAUGCUAGACUGCCAGUCUUUCUUUGUGCUGCAAAGGCAGUUUUAAUGGCUAUAUACUAUUUUGCCACUAAUAGUAGCUGAAAUAUGGAGGCAUUCCAUGGCACUAUGCUUAUAUAGUAACUAGGUUCCUAAUCCAUUGAGCUCUUGAAGAGAGAACAGUAACUAUCUUUGGUGUGCUGCAGAUUUCUGGUUUUGAUUUUUUACAUAAUUUGGAAGGUCUCAUCCUUUUUUGAUGUAGUAUACAAGCGCUAAGGACAGCAUUAACAGAUAAAACACUAUGUAACACCAAACUCACCAAACACCGAGCAGAUAGCCUAAAACAGUAGUUUUGACUGAAAGCUACAUUUUUAAGCACUUAGAUGAUAAUAUAUUGGUGUUUAAGCAGGAAAAUUAUGACUGUCUAGCAGCUUAUUCUCAAUGUUUUACAAAUCUAUGUCUUGUGCAAAAGGGGAACUAAAGGCUAACACUAGAAUAAAUAAAUAAAUACUUGUUAGAAACCACUAGAAUGGAGGUGAAAAAACUUAGUAAUAAAUAAAAGAAAUGAAGCAGUUCUUUCACUUGUACUAAGCCAUUGGUCUUUGACCAGCUAUGAUCUUUGAUUAUAAUGUGUCCUUGCAGUAAGUUUGAACAGUCUGGCUUGUUUUUCAGUUACAUCAUUUUCUUUGUUUGCUAUGACACAGAUAGCUAUAUAGCCAUAUACUUGUGUAUUUAUUUUUACAUUUGUUUUGUGUAAUUUAUUUUGUGUAAAUUGCAGGAAAUGUUAACAGUGGUAAGAUUUUACAGUUUGGUUAUGUUAAUCAUGUUUUCUUACCUCAGGUCUUCAGUUGUUCUGUUUCCCCUCAAAAGUACUGUUGCAUUGAAACAAAGUCAAGCUAAAGCAAUCUUGCACGUUUGUGAAAUAUAGAUUCAAGGCUGAAUUUCCAAAACACUGCUGUAAAAAUAUCAUGAAAUUAUUUUUGGAACUUUGGUGUUUCCAAAAAAAAACAAAAAAACAAACAAACAAAAACCCCCUGCAGAUAUUGGCAUUAAUUUUGAACUACAUAAUAAGCAGGGAUCCUGCUAGUGAACAAUACAAAAUGGAGCUCAGCCCACUAAAUUUGAAAAGAAAAUAUUGUCUUUGCUAUUAUUAAAACAAUGGGUGGUGUUAUGUGUAGUACUGAGAACUGUAUUUAGUUUUGUAUUAGUCUGCCAUUUCCAGCCUUUUAGGUGGACUGACCUUUUUAUUGAGGGAAAACGAGAUAAAUGCCUGCAAAUAAAGCACACUAGACCCUCAGUUUGGAAUUCACAGGAAUUAUUAUCAUUUAUAAUUCACUCUGAAUUCUGUCAUUUCCUAAUAGGAUUAUAGAUUAUACUGUAAUAUUUAAUUUUGUGUAAAUAUUUGCUGUGGUACAGUGACCGGUAUAUUGUUGUGUAAAAUUCCCCCAGAUUACGUGGAUUUGAAGAUUGUGUAAACCUUUUGUCAGAUAAUAAGGUUGUGGUAUUUUUAAGACAUAUAAUAUGUGUAAUUAAGACAGGAAGAUUAUUGAUAUAGUUUUUGUUUAUAGAGAAUUUAAUUUAACCGUGCUCUCUGAAAGGGUUGAUAGGAAGAGGCUAGAUCUGAAGCUGUGGAAUUGAAGUGUAGUAUUGAAGUACAAAUUCUCAAAUAUGCUUUAAUUUAACAACUCAAACAGUAAAUAUCAAAAUUUUACAUGUACAGUAAAUGUAAUAUGUAAUGAAAAUGUUUUAAGACCUGUAAAAUAGCAUCUCAUCUCAAGAACUGUGAAAUAUGUGUUCAUGUAAGACCACAGUAUAUCAUGUAUUGAUGUGUAUCAUGUAUUGAUGUGUAUGUUUUAAGUUUUUAGGUUUCUGUAAAAACCUUUGUUGUUAUUUUUGUGUGUAUAUGAAUGUGUGAGGCAGUAAUGUUCACUGUAUCUCACCUAUUACACUGGUAUAGUCAUGGGGCUUGGUAAAAGAGGACAAUCAAGCUUUGCUUUGGUACUAGUAGUUUUCAUCUUCUGCUGUUGACAGCCUUAUAGUGCCCUAAAUUAGAGGUUCAUAACUCCAGUUCUUGGGCCCUAAUGGUCUGUUGCAGUUGAGGUUUUCUCUGCCCCUUUACAUUUGAUCCAAAUCAUGGAGCACUUGACAAGUAGCUGAUGUGCUGGACAAGCUGUAUUAGGAUCAGGGAAAAUUUGAGACUGCAGGACUGUGCGUCUCCAGAGCUGGUGUUGAGAACGCAGAAAAUCAGUGCGCCAUCUAGUGGACAGGAUGUUUCAGAGUUGCUGUAUGGUAGUGAGAUCAGAGGUAACCUAGAUGAAAAGGCAGAUAUGCCUGAUAAAACGAUAAUGACAUCCGCUAUGAAUGUUAUAUUUCAGGUGCACCAGCAAAAGCAAAGCCCACUGUCUAUAGCCAAGACCUAAUAAGUAAAAUGAAAUGAAUGCAUAUAUAGCAACAGUGUCCAAAGUAGAUGAAGCCUUGUUCAUAGUGUAAAGUGGAUGGGAUAAUAAUAGAACCAAAAAUGUAGUCAUAGUGUGUUGUGUGGUGCUGUGUACACUUUGUGAAUUGAAUCAAAUCAUGUGCCAUGUGUACAUAGGUGAUGUGUGUGUUUGUGUGCGUGUGUAUGUAUGUAUGUGUGUUAAUGUCGCUGCUGUUCAUCCCAAAAUGGAAUGUACUGUUGAUAUGGAUAAAUGCGAACCAUAGUUCUUUAUCCAUUAUAUUCUCUCUCUAUCUUUCUGUCUGUCCCGUGUCUUUCCUCUCUCCCUUAACUGUCUUUCUUUCUUUGUCUUACUCUAUCCUUUUUUUUUCGUAAUGUGGGUAUGACAUUAAAUUUUUUUUUUUUUGACAUGAGUACAGAAUUAGUCAUGAGUUAAUCAUACUGCAUUAUCAUAAACAUACCAUAGGAUAAAAACUCUGGAACCAAGAAAUCUUGUGACCAUGCUCUUUAAAAGGAACUCACGCUUCAGGAUUUAGAGAUUUUUUCUAGAUCAUUUUGUAUUACUUUUGUAUUAUUUUGUGUUCCCCGAAGGCUAGUAAAUAUAUUGUUGGAAUUUG